CCUCUUCCUCCCUCAGCCGGAGCUCCGGGGAGCGGUGGGUGUGAUGAUGCGGCUCCGCCGUCAGAGCGCUCUCCCCGCGGUUCUGUGAGGCAGGAAGGACCGGUCCGGAACCGAACCCCCGCACCCCUCCUCUCCUUCUCCUCCUCCUCCUCCUCCUCUUCCUCAGCGGGUCUCUGUCAGCAUGCGGGUCCCUGUGAGCGUCCUGUACCCGGUCCUGUCCCUCACCAUCUUCGGAUCCUGCCCGUCCAUGACGAUCGGGCCUAAGGAGGGCUGGCAGGUGUACAGCUCGGCCCAGGAUGCUGACGGGCGCUGCAUCUGCACCGUGGUGGCGCCGGAGCAGAGCCUGUGCUCCAGAGACGCAAAAAGCCGACAGCUCCAACAACUGCUGGAAAAGGUGCAGAACAUGUCUCAGUCCAUCGAGGUGCUGAACCUGCGCACUCAGAGGGACUUUCAAUACGUCAUGAAGAUGGAGAACCAGAUGAAAGGCCUGAGGACCAAAUUCAGGCAAAUUGAAGARGACAGAAAAUCCAUCAUGGCCAAAAACUUUCAGGAGCUUAAGGACAAGAUGGACGAGUUAAAGCCGUUGAUCCCCGUGCUGGAGCAGUACAAGAUGGACGCUGCGCUCAUCUCCCAGUUCAAGGAGGAGAUCAGGAACCUGUCUGUGGUGCUGACGGGCAUCCAGGAGGAGCUGGGGGUCUAUGACUACGACGAGCUGUACCAGAGGGUCCUGAGGCUGGACAACAGGCUCCGCAGCUGCAUGGGGAAACUGACGUGUGGGAAAUUAAUGAAAAUCACUGGACCUGUUACAAUAAAGACAUCUGGAACGCGUUUUGGGGCUUGGAUGACUGAUCCGCUGGCGUCGAGCAGAAACAACCGGGUUUGGUACAUGGACAGCUACACCAACAGUAAGAUCGUACGKGAGUACAAGACGAUGGAGGACUUCGUAGCCGGAGUGGUUUCUCGGACCUACAGCCUCCCCUUUAAGUGGGAGGGAACCAAUCAUAUCGUCUACAACGGGUCUCUUUACUACAACAAGUACCAGAGCAACAUAAUCGUCAAGUACAGCUUCGAGUCGGGCACGGUGCUGGCCCAGCGCGCGCUGGAGUUCGCCGGCUUCCACAACAUGUACCCGUACACGUGGGGCGGGUACUCCGACAUCGACGUCAUGGCCGACGAGCUGGGCAUGUGGGUCGUCUACGCGACCAACCAGAACGCKGGCAACGUGGUCAUCUCCCAGAUAGACCCUGACACCCUGCAGGUCCUGAAGACCUGGAACACGGAGUACUCCAAAAGAAACGCGGGCGAGUCGUUCAUGAUCUGCGGGACGCUCUACAUCACCAACUCCCACCUGUCGGGGGCCAAGGUUUACUACGCUUACGCCACCAAGACCUCCACGUARGAGUACAUAGACAUCCCCUUCCACAACCAGUACUUUCACGUCUCCAUGCUCGACUACAACGCCAGGGAACGAGCGCUGUACGCUUGGAAUAACGGACACCAGGUGAUCUUCAACGUCACUCUGUUUCAUGUCAUAAAAACUGAGGAUGACUCGUAAAUGCUCCGGGACCAUCUGUGGUAUCUUUACUUGAAUCUUCCUGACUCAUGGCUCUCUGUGUUUUGCUGAACUGAGCAUGGAUGCCAGGGACUUUAUCCAAAUCUUUUUUUACAGUUUUCCAUUGCUGCUGAUCAGACUGAUGCCUUAUUUGCAAAAUGUUGGUUUUCCCAACCAAAGACCCACCAAGAAGCUUCUUGCAUGAAUCCCAUCAUGUUGCUGUCAUUUGCUGCUGUUUUUGUUGCAGAUUUGCUCUCAACUGUGUUUUGCUUUACCUAUUUAUUAAAGUAUAUUUAAAAAUGUAUUUAAAGUUUGAAAACAACUUGCUACAAUGUGAAAUUUUGUUAAAGAUGGCCGUGUAAAUUCUUGAUGUUCUGAUGUCACUGUGGAAGGAAAACAUUUGUAUUUUUAUAAACAAACCUGUGGAAAAGUGCCCGUGCAUUCUCCUUUCUGGUGCACCUUGUUCGCCACAUUAAACUGGUUUUAAAUGA